AUCUAGUGUAUUACCAUGUUGUUGUCGUUGAUUGUUUGGAAAAAAAUCAAGUUUAAAAUAAAGUACUGAAGUAACCAAGUUGCAGUGCUAAGAGCUUCAAGGUGGAAAAAGCUACUGUACAAAUUUCUCAGCCAUAGAAAAGAAAAAAUUAGAGUAACAAUGUCAUUCAUACCUCUCUGGCCGGACCUACAGCCAAGAGCUACGGAUCCUUUGUGGUUCAAUGCUGAUAAGCCCAUUGACGAUGAAAGUGAAGUUGCUGCAAUGGAACUUGAGCUCCAAGCAUGGAGGGAACAAAUUCGAGUUGAAGGGUACGAGCACGUCCCAAUUGGCAAGUUAGCCAGUGAAUUUCGGGGCUCAGAAGAAGAGGAAGAGGAGGAAGAAGAAGAGGAGGGUGAGGGAGAAGAAGAAGAUUCUGAUACACAUGAAGAAGAGGAAGAGGAAGAAUUGGAUGACAUUGAUAUGGAAGUGAGUUAUGCACAUCCUCAGCAGAGAUCGAGUCCAUUGGAUUCUUCAACAGAUCCACCCCCUAUUAGACUGGAUCCCAAUGGGACUCAGUAAAGUUGCUUGACUACCUAAUGAUGAUGACUUGUUACUUCCAGAAUUGUAUUUUUUAAAUAGCAAGUAGAAGUCAUCACAGCGACGAGUAAAAAUAUCCAUAAAAUUAAAUGUAACUGUAAGUUUAAUCAAAGCUGUACAUACAAUA